GAUCCGCGGUGGCUUCGCGGCGCCACGUUGCGCAAAUCGCGAUUGCACGCGGUGCGCUUCCUUCGCAGGCGUGCCGAGCCGCCGGCAACACAUGCAUGGCUGCGGCAUUGCGCAGCUCGACUGCGCACCCCGACGUCGAGCUCGACGCUAUAAGAGUCCUCUGCUGCUCCGUGCACCGACCGCUCUCCCCACCAACACCCAAGCCGCAAGCACACCAUGCGCGUCCUCAUCAGCGGCGCCGGCAUUGCCGGCCCCACGCUCGCCUGGCACCUGGCCAAGGCCGGCAUGCAGGUGACCGUCGUCGAGAAGCGCACGCGCUCGCAGGCGCAGACGGGGCAGAACAUCGACGUCAACGGCACGGCGCUGCGUGUGCUCAAGGAGAUGGGCCUCUUCGCCGAGCUGCGCCGCCUCAACACCACCGAGCGCGGCACGCACUUUGUCGACCGGCACGGCACGCCGUACGCCGCCUUUCCCGUCGAGGGCAUCAGCAUGACGAGCGAGCACGAGAUUCUGCGCGGCGACCUGGCGCAGAUCCUCAUGGACAGCACCAUGCAGCACGAGCGCAUCGAGUAUCUCUUCGAGACGGCCGUGCAGGACGUGCUCGCCAACGACGAGCAGGCCGUCGAGGUGCAGCUGAGCAACGGCGACACGCGCCGCGUCGAGCUGCUCGUCGCCGCCGACGGCCAGUGGUCUCGCACGCGGCGCGCCGUCUUUCCCGCAGACGCCGUGUCGACGAACGACAAGGGCGCCUUCUUCGCUUACUGGACCGCGCCGCGCAGCGCCAGCGACGACGAGUGGUGGCGCAUCUUCACGGCGCUGCCCAACCGCGUCGCCAUGGUGCGCCCUGACCCCUACGGCACUCUCCGCGUCUGUCUCUCCUUCUUCCCGCGCACCGACGCGCAGCGCGCAGAGUGGCAGACGGCCUCUCGUGCUGGACCCGAGGCGCAGCAAGAGCUGGUGCGCCGCCAAUUCGCAGAUGCAGGCUGGGAGGUGCCGCGGCUGCUCGACACCAUCAAGGAUGCGCCCGACUUCUACAUGCAGAAGUGCGAACAGAUCAAGCUGCGGCACUGGAGCGUCGGCCGCGUCGUGGCGCUCGGCGACGCCGCCUAUGCGCCGACGCCGCUCACUGGCAUGGGUGCGCCGCUGAGCAUCCUCGGCGCUCGUGUGCUCGCUGGCGAGCUCAGCAAGCUGGCGCCCGACGAGCACCCGGCGCGCGCCCUCGAGGCCUACGAGCAGGUCUACCGCCCCUUCGUCGAGGAGACGCAGGCGCUCCCUUCUUUCGUCCCCGGCAUCGUGCACCCGCAGUCGGCCUGGCGUCUCUGGCUGCUGCAGACGGCUCUCAGCAUCGGCGCUCGCAUCGUCAGUCUCUCGUUUGUCAAGAGCCGCGUCAACCGCGAUCCCGAGGUCGAGGACUUCAAGCUGCCCGAGUACGACGCCUUCCCGCGCGUCGCCGACGCUUCGCCGGUCAAGGCCUGACGGCGCAGCAGACGACCCGAUGCCCACUUCACGACACGCGCCCCGAGCUAUCCAUCAUACCACCUCUCUCGCAUCGCCUCGUCAUACCGCUUCUCAGCUUCUGUCGGGGCGCAGCUCGCGCUACCCUGCUACGAGGGCCGUCAUCUGUAGAAAUCUGAUUCUUCACUGUGCCGCA